UUGGAAAACGAGACAUCCCUGAAGAUCUUGGGAGGUCGGGGGUCGGCGUAGCUGUCAGCGUAGAUACGGCCCAGCUAUAUAAUCGCAAGUGGUAUUCGGGAAUUGAAGAGAUCAUGAUCAUCUAUAGCCAAUUCGGAGACCGUCGUUGUGCCCUUAUCAUAAAUUAUGGUCGAAUCCGUAGAUGAACUAGACGGCCGCCGCGGACAGUCUGGGCGGAAUGAAAUGGAUGUUGCAAAACUCAUUAGUCGAAUCGAUGUGAGUACCUUUGCGAACGAGGAACAACGAGCCGAGGCUGUAGCUGCUGCCCAAGCGCUUGUGUCAAGGCUCGAGACUCCAUGGGAGUUCAUCAUGCGAACCUGCAUGGGACAGCCGGCUCUGGGUGCUGCCCUGAAAAUUGGUAAUGACCUGGAUCUCUUUCAAAAAUGGCAAGAUGAGGGGCAUUUGGAGAUGACUUUUCAAGAGCUGACUGUGAUGAUACCAUCUUGCGAACCUGAUCUACUCUAUCGGAUUCUUGGUCAUCUAGCCGCAAAUCAUGUGUUACAAGAAACCUCGAUCGCAGUUUUCAAGCCAACACCCCUCAGCAUCGCCUUUGCUAGCCCGGUCUACAAUGAAUGGAUGAAUCACUUCUAUGACGCCCUUAUCCCCGUAUUCUCCAAGCUGCCUAUAUACCUAGCUCAGCACGAUUACAAGGCCCCAUCGGACCCUACAAAUGGCGUCUUUCAAUUUGCAAAGGAGUUCAAAGGCGACUUAUUCCACUACUAUCGCGAGCAUCCCGUGAAGGGUGCUUCCUUUGACCUUGUGAUGAGCAGUGUGAUGGCGCAUCAGGCAAGCUGGGUCGACAUCUUUCCACCCGAAAUUCUGUUUGAGACAGAUAUCGGUGGAGAUACGCCUCUAGUUGUGGAUGUGGGCGGAAAUAUUGGCCACGACAUCGAGAAGUUCCGCGAAAAGCAUCCCGAUACAGCCGCUAGGCUCUACCUAGAGGAUUUACCACACGUCCUUGAGCGAGCCAAGUGCAACAAGACCGUCAAUAGAGUCGCGUAUGACUUCUUCACACCGCAACCUAUAACAGGAGCUCGUGCAUAUUAUAUUCACAGUGUGCUGCAUGAUUGGUCUGACGAUUUCGCCCGGAAAAUCUUGGUUAUGCAAAGGGACGCUCUGGCAAUGGGGUAUAGCACGCUUUUGAUUCAUGAUCACAUCAUGGCAGAUCAGCUAGCCCACCCCCAAACUACUGCUUUCGAUCUCACUAUGAUGGGCAUAGUGGCAGGCAAAGAGCGAAAAGCGGAAGACUUCCGAAAGCUCAUCGAGUCUGCCGGCUAUAACAUCAUUAAGAUAUGGACUUCACCACAGGCGAUCCAGAGCAUCAUACAGGCGGAACGGGCAAUGUGAUCCUCGUCUGGAAACCGUAUCGCUUUUAGGUAAAGAGGGGACACACUGUCAGGAUUGGGUAUCCUCGAAGUGAAGCUGGGCCGUAAGUAGGUGGCACCUGGAUAGUAGAUAGGUCGAAUGUGUAGGUAAGGGCUUGAUUUUAUUGACCCCUGGCCUUCUUGAUACCGAAGGGGACCUCCCGCUUCCUUAUAUACUUGACUAUUGAACUAUCUUCACUCCUUCGGGGUAA